AAGAAGAGUUUUGUUGCGCUGAAUAAACAGUAAACCGGAGCAAAAUCAAAAGUGACAGCUGACUUCGGUUUGAAUACAAAUUCAAAGCAAAAAUCAGUAAGUUUGUUUGCAAAAGAAAAAAAAAACUUUUGAAAAAUACAGAAAUACUAAUUUUGUGGAUGUCUUUUUUCAAAGUAAACGUAUUUUCGUGAAUUAAUAAACCUCUGAAAUAUUCUCAGCUUAGAACAAUGUCUAAUGACUCGAAUUUUGUGACGAAUCUCAUUGAUCUCAGCGCUGACGAUGAUCCUUGUUCACCACUCCAAACAACUCAACCACCGUCAUCGUCCAAUUGUUCAACAUACACCCCGCCACUGCCCUUAAUACCACUUACCAAUUUAGAUGGUCGAGAGAGCCUCGAUAAUAACCCAUUUGACUGCAUUCAAAAACAAGCCAACCGUCCAGAUGAUCCCUUCGAGUUAAUCUCGAGGGAAGCAUCCUACCAACCACAUUACUCACAGUCCCUUGGCGCAGCCUGUCAGACAGAGGUUCGUAUUGGAAAUCUGCUAUGCAUGAGUGAUGAUAGUAUAAAAGCAGAGGAAGAGACGAGUCCACCAGUAGUGGAUCAAUUUGCAGAGUUUAGUGCCUUACAAGUGCCUUCGUCGCGAUUCCAUGAACCCAUCUGCUCAGUCUCUAGCAUAGGUUCAACAGUGUAUUCUUCGCCUUGCGACGAUAGCGCAUUCAAGUCGCGUAACGAGAGUUCCAAGAGCAUCAACAAAGCCUUCAUCACAGACCACUCUAUUUCAAGCUUCUCCGAGGACAAUAGAGCGCACAGUGCGAUGAACAAAGGUUUCGUUGAGUCAUGCAGUUCCUUUGACCAUUCACCUGCUAAGUCCACCCCAGAAAAUGCAGCCCAACCUCCUUCUGAGAACUCGGACAGUUCAGGCAAGGGGCGAUCUCAGAAACCUGCAGAUGCCCGAAAGCGUCUGCUUAAACUCAGUCUAUCAAAUUCCACAUCAAAUUCACCCUUGUGCCGGCGCCCAUUCGAUGAUGACAACAGCAGUCCACUCUCGUCGGUAUUCUCGGAAGCCGAAAAUCUUGCCGAUCAUUUCGCCUCCCGAUGUGGCUUCGAUUCGGGCAAGUCCUUCGAUGAUUCCUGCGACGAUUUAAUGUCAAUCAAACCAAACUGGAUUGAUUCUGAGACUGACAUCGAUAGUGAUCUGGAAAUGAUGAAGAUCCCCAUUUUGCAGGAGAUAAAAUCACCCAUUGUCAAUAAGAAAGCAACAACGUCUUGGGAAAAGAUCGAAGAAAUUCCGGAACCCAUUUUAAAGAAGCCUAUCAGUGCGAAUAACUCACCUGACUUGGAGGCGUUGAAGGAGAAAGUCCAACAGCACAAAGCCGAGAAGAAUAAUAACAACGAAAUAAAAUCAUUAAUCGAGAAUCUGAAGCUGGUCAUCAAGGAUUGUGCGAAUGAUGCAAAGAAGUCGGAGGCGAAUAAUUUGCUCGAAUGUCUGAGCAAUUUGAUGAACGAUAAAAAUGGUUCUGGAACUAUUGAGAAGACGGACACGUUAACACCUCCUCCACAACCAAUCGUGCGGCAGGGAACAUUUGACAUGGAACUCAAAGAAAAUGAAUGUGCAGAUGGUGAAGGAAAAGAAGAAGAGCCACAACAUCAAUCUGAAGAAGACGCUCACACAGAUCAAAAUAUAUCCACCGGAACUCAUUCUGUUCAUUCAGUUCAGUCACCGGAAGCUGAUCAGGCUCAAGUGUCUGAUAUUGUGGAACAAAUUGGUCGUUUGUUGGGUAAUCAAAAUGUCAAUGUAGUUCAAGCGAGUCUCAGCACAAACACUUCAAAUGGAGCCAUAAAUCCCACCUACAUUGUCGUGAUGAAUACGCCGCUCCCUACAAAACAACGUCCUUCCAUCGAUGCGAUGGACUAUCAAAACGAUGGAUCGCCUGAUCUUGCGCACAGUCAAGGCCGAAGACGUAGCCAGUCGCUGAGUAUUCAUGACAAAGAAAAGUCAGCUAACCUUCUUGUUCCGCCAAGUCCAUUACGCAACGACUGUAAAACACCAAUGCGGGCCCCAAUGAUUCGAAGAAAUUCCUUUUCGAGUUCAAACUCGUGUACCCCCAUUGUACAGAAUAAUCGUCGUUCAGUUUAUGGUGCUGGCUUCGGUGGCUGUGGUGGUGGUGGUGGCAGCAACAACCUUGAAGCUGCCUCAUCAAAACAAAGCCACCUUCAACGAAGAUCUAUGGCUCUGGAAACUCAUCAUGAGAAGCAACAGAAUGCUCCACAACAACAGCAGCCUCCGAUUGGUGGUGCUUCAGGUAUCAGUUUCAAUGCCAAGAAACUUAAAUUCAAACAAUCAACAGAAUCAAUUUUCAAAGCCAAUGGCCCAAUGAAGGCAACAAUUCCAGUGAAAAAGGUUGCUCCCAUGAUCGUGAUGACAAAUGCAGAUUCACCCACCGAAGAAACAGCAACUAGAUUCAAAUCAGUCACAAGCACCCCAAAUGUACAAAACAAUCCGUCCAAGUACUAUCCCAAUGCCUGUUCAACGCCAAUGAUUGAGGCAUCGCCAAUUAAGCGAAGUGGUCUAACAAAGUCAAGAUAUUCGUUUGUUGCAGCUACACCCACACCGAAGCAUUCAAGUCUGGCUCCGUCAACAAGUCAGGCACGUCGAAGGACUAUGAAUGAAAUGAGAUCUCCUAAGAAAGUCGGUGAUAAACCCAGCACAUCGGGAAUUAUGAAACCAGGAACUGUGAAGACAGUGAAAUUGCCACAGAAUUUUUCGAAAACGCUGAAUAAAAUGGCACCAGCAUCGUCUAAGGGUGUGCUACGACUGACAAAACCCUCACCUCCAUCAGCAGGUGGCGCAGUCGAUAAGAACAAAGAAAACAAGCUGCCUAGAUCCACUCGUUGA